AUGCCAACUAUACUUCCACCCUGGCCGCAUCUCCUUUUUGGGGUGCUUGAGCCAAUUUCCUUGGUUCUUGGCAGUCUUGCUCCUCUAGUUGAUGUAGAGGGCUUCAUUUCAGGCCAAACAUUCCAGGCGACACCGCCCGUGAUGCAUCCCAGCAGUCUGUCACUGGCCUACCAGGUGGGCAAUCUCUAUUCCUUGCUUUGUCUGGUCGGAGUAGCCGUGUUACAUACGACCACUGAACCUCAGGUGGUGCGGAACUACCUGAUCGCUCUGGCGAUUGCCGAUGUCGGCCAUGUCUGUGCGACGUACAUGGGAUUGGGCUGGGCUGCAUUUGUAGACGUUGCUGCUUGGAAUGCCUUGACCUGGGGAAACAUUGGUGCGACCGCGUUUCUUUUUGUCAAUCGUCUGGCCUACUUUGUGGGAAUCUUUGGAAAUGCAAAAGUGCCCAAAAUUGGAGGGAAGCAGGAGUGA